ACGCCACCUCUGUCUCGUCGCCGUCCACCAACCGCCCGACAUGCUGCCCUCGAUGGACAAGCUCCCCCUCGACCUCUGGGACGACAUCUUCCGCCAUGCGUGCACCGACGGGGGCCGGACCGGCGCCGCCCUCGCGCGCACCUCGUCCUUCCUCCGCGCAGCGUCUGCCCCAUACCGCUUCUACUCCCUCAAGUUCACGAAUCUCGCGCAGAUAGGCCGCUUCCUGCUCUGCCUGGAUCGCAUUGAGCGCGCGCAGGCCCCACACGCAGGCGUGAGGGACCAGCGCAGCGUGAACACCCGCCACCUGCUCCUCAGCUUCUUCCCGGACGACUGCGAGUCGCUUGACCGCCAAUGGCGCGGCUGGAGCGAGUACUCGUCCAGGAAGUCGAAGCGGCAGCAGCAGCUCGCCGAGGACGAGCGUGCGUGGCAUGCCACGAAGGGCGCGUGGGACCGCCAGUUCCUCUUUCUUGUGCCGCACCUCCUCCGCCUCGUCGCACCAACGCUCGAGACGCUCGCGAUUCUGCAGCAUCCAGGCAUAUCACUCCCCUACGUGAAAGUGGAGCUCUUCGCCCUGCGCGAGCUCGCCCUCCUCGCAGACGACGGGAUCUUCGUGCGGCCGAGUCCACGGGUGGAACUGCACGUGCAGACACGCCGAAGCGACUUCGACGACCUCGACACCCGCGUGCCCGCGUCGUUCCCGUCACUCACCCAUCUCCACAUCGUGUACGAGAGCGGCGCGAAGCAGCACUCGUGGGAGAAGACGCUCCCGCUGUGGACCGCGCUUGCGCCCGCCAUGACGCACCUCCGGGUCUCGCAGGCGAGCAAUCUCAUCCCGGAGGUGCUUGAGGCGAUGUCGACGCGGGCCGUGCCGCGGGGCGCGAGGGGGACGCUCGAGUUCCGCGCAGCACUCGCGCACCCGCGGCUGCGGAAGAUCGUCAUCCAGCCCUUGGUGCUGCAGCCAGUGAAGGGGCAUGACUUCCGCGAGGAGGCGCGCCUCGUGUCGCAGGCCCCAAGAGGUCGCGGGGGCUCGCGGAUAGUGGUCCUUCGUGGGAGGUGGUAUCGGCAUGGGUACUGGAGAGAUAGGCUCAGGUGGGAGUGGGAGGACAGGAUGGUGGGAAAGGCGGGCUGCUGGGCAGAAAGCGAGGACGACGAGGGCGAGUGGACGCACGAGCGCAGAAAAAGAGCAGAGGUGGCAGCGCAGAAGGCGAGCAAGGUGCGGGCAGGAAAGGCGCCAGGUCAGACCAAGGACUGGAUUCGGCUGGACAACCCUGAGCACAAGGCUCACUUUGGUGAGAACGAGCAUCUAUGA